UCUGGUCCAGGGUAAAAGCGGAGGAGAGAGCUCAGAGCAGCGAGAGGCUUCCAGAGCACAGCACCAUGUCUCUGUACCGCAACUCCGCAUGGUUCCUGAAGGGAGUGACCGAGUUCACCAGGAAUGCCUUCCUGUCGGCCUCCAAGAGGUUUGUGGAGAAGGACCUUGAGGUGUCCAUGGCUGGACGCUCCUUCAUGAUAACAGGAGCCAACAGUGGCAUUGGGAAAGCCACCGCCAUGGCCAUCGCUAAGAGGGGUGGAACGAUCCACAUGGUGUGCAGGAACAAGGACAAGGCCGAGGAGGCGAGGGCCGAUAUCGUCAAGGAGUCAGGAAAUAAAGAGGUCUACGUCCACAUCCUGGACCUGUCUGAGACCAAGAAGGUCUGGGAGUUUGCUGAGGCCUUCAAGAGAAAGUACAAGGCCCUCAAUGUGCUGAUCAACAACGCAGGCGCCAUCAUGAGUCAGAGGGAUGUGAACGCUGAGGGGCUUGAGAAGAGCUUUGCCACCAACGUCCUCGCGAUUUACAUUCUCACCAAGAGUCUCAUUCCCUUGCUGGAGAAGAGCGCAGAUCCCAGAGUGAUCACAGUGUCAUCAGGAGGAAUGCUGGUGCAGAAGCUCCGGACAGGAAACCUGCAGCAUGAGAGAGGCCGCUAUGACGGCACCAUGGUGUAUGCUCAGCACAAAAGGCAGCAGGUGGUGAUGACAGAGCAGCUGGCGAAGACUCACGCUAACAUCCACUUCUCCGUCAUGCAUCCUGGCUGGGUUGACACUCCAGCGGUGGCCAAUGCCAUGCCAGACUUCCAUACCUCUAUGAAGGAGAGUCUGAGGACCCCAGAGCAGGGGGCCGACACUGUGGUCUGGCUGGCUGUCUCCGAGGCUGCCACCACAAACCCCAGUGGACGUUUCUACCAGGACCGAAAAAUGGUGUCCGCCCACCUGCCACUGGCCUGGACCCACAGCUCCGCCCUGGAAGAACAGAAGUUAUUGUCUCUGCUGGAGGACUUGGCCAAGACGUUUCAGCCGCACUGAAGACGGCAAGAGUUACCAGCACACCACCGACACUAACACCGUCCGUUCACACUGACCGAGGCUGGACUCAGCAUUUCAUCCCCACAGUGAUGUAAUACACUUGAGCAGAGGGGAUAGAUGGGUCCAUUUUUAUCCAAAGUAUUUGGAGUGUUAACACUACCUUUGGUCGCUGGCUUAAAAUAAGACAGGAUGAAGUUCUAAAGUGUUUAAAAAAUGCCAGAUUAAACUCUGUAACUAUUUAUAUGAUAACACAUUUUCUUAUUUGUGAACUUGUCUAAAAAUGUAAUUGUGUAAGGCUGCUUGAUAGUGACCUUUAAAUGAGUUUUCAAUGGACGUCAUCUCACUGAUGGAGAGAGCACCAUCUAAUAAACCACACACACAGACACUAUCCAGCCUGUUUUGACUUUAUGAAAGUUGUCAAUCAGAUGGGAAUCUGAUGUGACCAAAAGUCACUGCAGUAUUAAUUCACAACACCAGCUAUGGGUUCAAUCUCAUUCUUUGUGUCUUUAUGACUUACAAAUGUGGCACGUGACGUGUAUUUAACAGCUAUGUCAGUAACUCAUGUAAUUGUUAAGUUGUAGUGCAGCUUCUGUACUGUCCAGGUUGAGCUCAGGCCGGAGAUCAAGUGCUCUCUCUAUUAGCCGUGUGCCUUAAAUACACCACACAGCAACGUCACCUGACAUGUGCAAUAAAACCUUGAUGUAUUUACGACUCUGUAAUAUCUGCCCAGCCCCUUUUAAAGAGGCUUUUUACUGACUGUGACUUUGGCUUGAGUAUAUCUUGUAAAUGCCUGCUUGAAUAAAGAAAAUGACUGAA